UCACCAUCCAAAGUGUCACAGCCCUUUCAGAAGUAGUGUGUCAACUCCGUGUUGAUGUAUGUGGGAAUCUAACAUUCUUAUGCUCUUACCACAGAUACUCUAGGAAGGUACCAAUCAUUCACGUAGGCUAUUAACAGACGAACACGCACGAAACGAAUUGAUGCCGUACGCGUAAUAGUAGGCUAUGUAAACAAUAGAUAUAACAUACUGAAAGUGUCAUGACUUCUAGCGUUGUGGAUAGGCUACUGUAAUUGUACAUGGAUACCAGUGAUUUAGAUUCAGAUAUUUAGUUUUCAGAGACUCAUUUAGUUUUACACCAUGAAUAACCACUUCAUAACUCUUGGGAACCUUGGCUUAUGUGUCGCUGCCUCUCUCAACGCCCAAAGACUCUUCAAGGAUCACAGAGCUCCAGCUGCUGGGAUUUUCCUGGUGGUAUGCUCAGCUGCACUCAGUGUGCUUCCUGCUACUAUCAGCCUGGACUGGUCAUCUCAGCCUGCUGCUCUCUGCGCGGAUCUGCAGUGGGCCGCUGAGGUGCUGAGCCCAGCCAUGGUGUCCUUUGGCUUCCUGUGGCUGAGUGACGACCACUUCACAGCGUACACCCUCCUGACCGGCUCAGCCCUCCUCUCCAUGCUCACCGGCUGGCUGUCGCGAGACGGACUGUCCGUCAUGUCCCGCUGCAUGGCCAUGUCAUCCCUCUCCUGCUCCCUCACGGUGUGCCUCUUCGCCGGGAACCCGUUGGGGAUACUGGGGAGCGUGCUGCUGAGCGCGCCUGCUCUGGUGGGUUUGAGCGGCACCAGUCCUCUUGUGUCUCCGGAGGCCGCUGGGGGGCUGCUGAAGUUGGGGUUGAUCGGCGCUAUGACUGUGGGCUGCUGGGCCAUCCGGUGGGCACUGGAGAUCUACGUCCAGGACCUGAAGGGCUGGGACAAGAGCAACAACAUACUUACUUGAUUGACUCAUCGUUUUUGUGACCAAUUGUUAUUUAUUUUCCCCCAGAGACCAUUGAAACUAAACAGGAGCACCUAGUGCAGUGGCCUUAUGGCCUACUUGAUUGACUUGCCUGUACACACCACCAUACAAAGUAGGGGUGGUUGGCUGUGUGCGUGUUUUUUUCAUUAACGUUGAUAAAUACUUGACUUACUUGACUGACUUACCCUGAUUAAAAUUAAACUUAAUGGAUAAGCCCCAAUACAUUAAUUAUUUGAUAUUUAUGGAACA